CACCUCGGAGCUGGGCUCUCUUCCUGCGCAGUUCUGCUCCGCAGCCUCCGCGAGGAAGGGCCGGGGCCGCUCCCGAGGCUCGGUUCCCAGGACCUCGACGAGGCAGCCCCGCGAGCGGUCGUGCGCGCCGUCUGGAGUGGCCAGAGCGCGGGGCCGCGGUGUUCUCCGGGAGCCCGGCGUCGCGCCGCGGGCACAGCCCCUCCUCCGUUCCAGGGGCGGCUCCUCCCCGGGAAACAUGUCCAGAGCCGCCGCAGCCGCCACCUGGGGAAGAGCCGCAGCCGCAGCAGCGGCGGCCGCGGGCGCGCGGGGCCAAUAAACCCAGCAGCCCGGGCGGCCCGGGGACCUGCUGUUGCGCGCACGACCCCGGCGGACCCGCGCCAUGUGCUGAGCCAUGCCUCUCGCCGCGCCCGCGGGCAGCGCAUGGGGCAGCGCCUGAGCGGCGGCCGAUCCUGCCUCGAUGUCCCCGGCGGGCUCCUGCAGCAGCCGCCGCCGCCCCCGCCGCCGGUGAGGAGGAAGCUCGCGCUGCUCUUCGCCAUGCUCUGCGUCUGGCUCUACAUGUUCCUGUACUCGUGCGCCGGCUCCUGCGCCGCCGCGCCCGGGCUGCUGCUGCUGGGCUCCGGGUCCCGCGCCGCCCACGGCCCGCCAGCCCUGGCCGCGGCGCCGGACGGGAAGCCCCCCAGGCUGCCGUUCCAACGGGCGCCGCCGGCCACCCCGCCGGCUGCGGUCAGGGAGGCAGCCGAGGGCGCAGGGAGCCAGGAGGAGCAGAGUCCCGAGGUGCCGGACUCCCCCAGCCCCAUCUCCAGCUUCUUCAGCGGGUCCGGGAGCAAGCAGCUGCCGCAGGCCAUCAUCAUCGGCGUGAAGAAGGGCGGCACGCGGGCGCUGCUGGAGUUCCUGCGCGUGCACCCCGACGUGCGCGCCGUGGGCGCCGAGCCCCACUUCUUCGACCGCAGCUACGACAAGGGCCUCGCCUGGUACCGGGACCUGAUGCCGAGGACCCUGGACGGGCAGAUCACCAUGGAGAAGACGCCCAGCUACUUCGUGACGCGCGAGGCGCCCGCGCGCAUCGCCGCCAUGUCCAGGGCCACCAAGCUCAUCGUGGUGGUGCGCGACCCGGUGACCCGGGCCAUCUCGGACUACACGCAGACGCUCUCCAAGCGGCCCGACAUCCCGCCCUUCGAGAGCCUGACCUUCGCCAACCGGACCGCGGGCCUGGUGGACGCGUCGUGGAGCGCCAUCCAGAUCGGCCUCUACGCCAAGCACCUGGAGCACUGGCUGCGCCACUUCCCGCUGCGUCAGCUGCUGUUCGUGAGCGGCGAGCGGCUCAUCCGCGACCCGGCCGGCGAGCUGGGCCGCGUGCAGGACUUCCUGGGCCUCAAGAGGAUCAUCACGGACAAGCACUUCUACUUCAACAAGACCAAGGGCUUCCCCUGCCUCAAGAAGGCCGAGGGCAGCAGCCGACCCCACUGCCUGGGCAAGACCAAGGGCCGGCCGCACCCCGCCAUCGACGGCGCGGCACUACGCAGCCUGCGGGCCUUCUACCGGCCCUUCAACCGCAAGUUCUACCAGAUGACUGGGCACGACUUUGGCUGGGACUGAGAACAUCCCACGUGGCUUAUAUAUGGAGACAGAUUAUAUGUAUGUAAAAUGUACAGAAAUCUAUUUUAUAAUAAUUUAUUUUUAAUUCAUGAGCAAUUAAUUCACUAAGCUGCCUAGCCACCCCUUUGAGAGAGUUAGCGUCAGAAUCUGUUAACAUUCCAAAGUGUUGAACUCUAAUAUUUUGUUGUUCUUUUCCUCGCAACUGAUGGUGCUUCCAUUUGUUUCCCCCUGCCCAUUAUAUUUAAGAAGAAGAAAAGCACAACUUUGAGAUUUUCGUUGUUACGGGUAAUUAGCCUUCCGUCUCGGCCUGAGUUCUCUCGCCUUCUCCUUGGGUCUUGGGUCCACCAGUCCACCUUCCCUCUUUCCUCCCACCUGUGGACCUCUACAGCCCCGCUCUGAAGGUCAUACCUCACGUUGCAGCUUCCUCGCAGAUGUGAUGUCAUUUCCAAGGGUGUAGAAUCCAAACCACAGAGCUGGGUUUUCUCCCCUCAAAUUCAUUGAGCACAUGCAAAAUCACCGUCUUUGUGGGGCAUGCUCACGCCCUUGGAGAAUCCAUUUGCUAAGGUCCAUUUACAUUGGCUUUGGGUUUUGAAGGAUGGAUCCACAUCCUUUUCUGCUCUAUUUCCCUGGUUCAUUUGCCAGCUUGAAGGGUGUGCACUGUCAGCCCCCUCUUUUCCGGGUCAUAUGUGCAAAGUUCUUGGGUGCUUCUCUGGGAAUAAAGAUGAUGUCCUCUUAGUUUGUAAGGCAGCUUACCAUGCUCCGUUCUCUAGGCAGACGGGUCUGCUUUGACACACCAAAGAAUCCCACAGGCUGGCAGAGCUACCGGCACAAGCCAAGGGUGCCGGGCAUCGAAACCCAAGGGGAUCAGGUGCCCUGUGCCCUGUCAUGGUCUGUCAAGAUGCUGCUAGGUGCAGAGCCAGCCCAUGUCGGGCACAUCUCGGUGGCCUGAUAACCUCAAGGUGGAGAAAAGACAGACCCAAAAAAUGACAGGUGGCUUGAUGUCUGGAACUCCUCCUUUUGCAGAUGCUAGCUUAUCUCAGAAAGACCACGUGGUCUGUCACCAGCAGCCGACAGCAAGAACCAGGGGCGGCCCUGGGAGAGCCAGCUCCAUAUCACCUGUAAGCACUUGAACCUGACACUUGCACAGCUGUCCCUGUGUCCCUGGUUCUAACCAGAUCUUAGUAGAGUGUUGCCAGCAUUGUCCCUGCUGGUGUAGAAUGUUCUCCCCAAACCUCCCUUUUAAGAGAGCAUUGGGGAUCAUUUAUAAUGAUUAGCUGGAGGCAGUUGGGUAUCUAUGUAGCAAUAUCACAUAAUGACAUAGUCAUUUUAUCCUCAAUUUUCUAAGCCAGAAUCAAGGCAUAUGUGGGAAGACAUGCUUAUUGUCAAAAUGGUGGGGCUGCAACAUUUACAAAGGACACUUUUGGAUGUCGCAUGUGAUCACUUGACUGCUGUAUGAAAAAAGGAAACGAUAAUUCACCUUUAGAAAGUGGUCAGAGAUGGCACUGUUCUCUCCGUGAUGUCUUGAUGAUAAUCUAGUUUGUCUUUGCACACUAGUUUUAGCCCAGAUGCUACUAGUUGGCUUGCACCGAACUGCAAAGCUCUCAAACUUUCACUAUGUGGAUUCUGUGAGGAGGGUUCCAUGAGCUCCCUGGGUAUUAUUUUCAUUUCAAAGCUCUCCUACUGGCUCUGAAAUAGUGUAGAACACCACGAUCCUAGCCCGAUUCACCCCUUUUGCUGGAUGGGCGUCUACGGCAUCUGCAUGAGUGCUAAUUGGACAUGCCUUUUUUUCCCGUUGGGAGUUUCAUUUGAAACAAAGCUGAGCGCAGCUCUUUCUAGUUACUGCAUAAUGUUGCUUCCAGUAAAUAUCAGCCUCCAAGCCCAUUUCCUGGUCCUGCCUCAUCUGCUUUCCGUUCAUCCUCCCAGUGUGUUGUAGCUGGUGUUGUAGACCUGCAGAAAAAUAAAGGCACAUUACAAAUGAUAGGAAGAACACACAUGAGCUUUUCCAUCCCCUCCGGGUUCCUGCCCUCUUUCCAAAGCCGGACAAUGUUUGAUUAAAUUGUUUACUCCCUGCCUUAAAAUAAAACUUGAGACAGGAAAUUUUCAGAUAGGAGGAGGGUCAUUUAGUCACGAACACUGAAAUGGGUCAAAAUUCUAUUCUGGGUCAAAUCCUUGACUCCAAACAGAUGUCAGUAAUUAGCUCCAAUGGAGCAAAAUUUUCCAUAUAAUACAAAUAAAUCAAAUAUCACAUGCAUCUCUUUGUUGGGGCCUGAUAGCGUAUAGUUCCUAACCGGUCUGGACCCAGCCUUUGCCCCAACAUGACACCCCAGCAUGGGAUAAUUAGUUCAGAGCUUGGGUGGACAUGUCUUCUUCCUGGAGGUAUUUUGCAACAGCAUAAAAUUAAGCCUUUGGUUUCUUCCUGUUCUUGCAGUCUGCAAGGCCACCAAACUUAACUUGUUAACUGCUAGAAUACAAACAUCAUUUCAUGUUUUGGCAGUUUGGCCUAGCACAUGUUUUGGGUUUCUUCCAGUUUACAGGAAAAGCUCUGGUUUUCAUUGCAAGUCCUUUAUUUCUCUCAGUUUCAUUUCUUUUCUCAUUAAGAAGGGAAAAAAAAAGAUUAAAAAUUGGAGGUUUUUAUUGUCCUAUCCAUCACACACUUUCUUUGAGUCGUUUGUACAGUAGUCUGCUGACUUGGUAGUUGGUGAUACCUAGAAAGGUAUUUUAAGUUUAGUGACUGCCUAAUAAAUACUUAUUUUGAAAAGGGGAAACUGUCCUUUGGGUAGGAUUCUUCUUUGGGAGUCAUUUUGAGUGACAGAUCCAUUUUAAACCUUUUGGAGAAACAGUUUCAGAGCCUACCAGGAUAUUUUUUGUGAGCAGAGAGAAGGUUCCAAUAAACUAGAAACACUUGGUGUGUAUCAAAAGUGCUGACUCAGAAAUCAGUGUCAUUUUUCUUUACUGUUUAUCAAGAAGGAUGAUCAGUAGAACUUAAAGGUGUGGUUAGAUGUUUUCCACUUUUGUAACAUUAAUUUAUGACUGCAUUUCAUUCAGCCCAGUAACCUGAAAUACUGUGCAAAUUCUAGCAGCGUGUCUUCUAUAACCUGGAUGUUAGAAUAGCCAAUAUGUACACAAAGAAUUAAAUCAAGUAUUUUGUCCUAUGUAUAACACAAAUUAAUUUUACACAAAGAAAGAUGUUUCUAGGAAAAUGAAAUUCUGGUAAUUCAUACCUUUUCUUUGUAUGAACAAAUAAACUAUAUUUUACCAA